AUGCCUCAGCGACGGAAAUGGGUCCCCUUGAAUCCGUUUGCGCGGGGAUACACACAGGAAAUCAGAGAAGCGAUCAAAUGUUGCGUCUGCAAACGGCGUCGCCCAAAAUCCCAGUACUCGAGCAAUCAGCUCAACUUCCUCCGCCAGGCAAUAUUCGAACUUGGCUACAGUAGCAUUCGUGACCAACAGGUUGCUAAAUGUGGUCCAUGCACAAAUGCUCAGGUUUGUGAGGAACUGUGCCACCAUUGCGGCCACUACCGUGCCAUUGAUCAAUUCGCCAGGAAUCAAAGGAAUCGUGAGAGUCCGCUCUGCCAGCCCUGCAUGAACUAUCAGAUGUCCCUCGAUCCCAUUAAUCAACCUCUUGCAAUCGCAGAUAAAGUUGCGGUUGGGGAAAUGGGAAAGAAUGAGGAAGAGGAACCCAACUCCGAGUCUGCAGCUCACUCUGGAUCUGUGGCUCUGUCUGGGUCUGCGGGAUGCCCUGAGUCUGUCGAUCUCUCAGGCUCUCUGGGUCAGCCGGAGGAGAGCCUGAAGCGUGGCAUCGAGAAAGCUCUUGUCCUGCGUGACGAUUCCUCGGAUAGUGAUGGUAAUACAAAGCGAGGGGGCUUUGCAAAAGUGAAGGCGCACCGACCUCGUCAACAGCCUGUUCCCGAUCCCGAGCCUGCCCCAGGCUGGGCACCUGGCACCCGCAAGUUUAAUGAUGGCACUCCUUGGAAAGGAGGAAGAUUCCUCUAG